AUGGUCACCGCUUACCUUAUCCCCACCUUGAGUAAGGUGCUGGGAGAUAUGAGUGCGUUGGGUGAUCGAAUUGACUGGAUUCGGCUAUGGUUCACUGGCGGAAUACCCAUAGCUGCGAUAGUUAUCGGCAGUUUGUGGGUACCUUUGCAGUCUCAAACUGCGAUUUUUGCAUCCAUUUACGCGACGGCCUCUGGCAUUAGCAUCACUGCUGGGUAUCAUCGCUUGUGGGCACACCGGGCCUACUCCGCAGGGACGUUUCUGAAAAUCGUCCUAGCAAUUACAGGAGCCAGUGCAGGACAGGCCUCGAUUAGGACAUGGUGCAGGGACCACCGAGCACACCAUCGCUAUACAGAUACCGAUAAAGAUCCGUACUCUGCCCAGAAAGGUCUUUUCUAUUCCCAUUAUGGAUGGGUCGUAGUUAGACGGAAACCAGAACAAACAGGCCGAGUGGACAUUCAAGAUCUCUCAAACGAUCCCAUUGUCAUGUGGCAGCGUGAAUACUACCUCACGCUACUCUUUCUGACGGUAUAUGUAUUCCCGACGUUAUUCUGUGGGUUCUUGUUUGACGACUUCGCCGGAGGAUUCAUAUGGGCCAGCUGCAUCCGACUGUUCCUGAUCCAACAAGCAACCUUCUGUGUUAAUUCUCUCGCUCACUGGGUCGGAGAUCAGCCUUUUGCAAGUAAACUCUCGCCGAGAAACUGCUGGUUUGUUGCGCUUAUCACUUGGGGAGAGGGGUAUCACAAUUUCCACCAUGAGUUUCCAGUCGACUACCGCAAUGGAAUCAGAUGGUACCAGUGGGAUCCGACGAAAUGGUUUAUCUGGCUCUGUGAGAAGGUAAACCUCGCCUCAGACUUGAAGCGGUUUCCAGAAAAUGAGAUUCAAAAGGGUCAAUUCCAGCAGAUUGAGCGCCAGUUAGAACUUCGGCGCCAAGAGAUUUCUUGGGGGACUCCGAUUGAUCAACUGCCGGUUUGGAGCUAUGGAGAGUAUAUUGAAAAUGCCAAGAAUGAUCGCUUUUUACUUGUUAUUGACGGUAUUGUUCAUAAUGUUGAAGAGUUUGUGGGUCAUCAUCCCGGGGGAGAGAAGUAUUUGCUGGAGUAUAUUGGCAAGGAUGUUACGAAGUUGUUCCACGGUGGUGGAAUCCAUGCUCAUUCAAACGCGGCUGCGAAUCUUCUCUCAGCGAUGCGACUCGCGAGAAUAGUGGAUUCUGAUCAUCGUCAAAACUAA